UUUUGAUGAAUAUUUUUUGACGGAACAAAAUCAUAUGAUUUUUAUUUUUGGUGAAAAAGAAUUUUUCAACAAGAGAAAAACAAAAAAUGAUUCGAUCAAGAAUAUCGUUUUUAUCCACAUUUUUAAUGAAAAAUUUUUUGAAUCGAUCGAUAAUUCGAUCGCAAUCAUCAUCAUCAUCAUCAUCGAUCGAUUUAAAUUCAUUAUCACAAACAUUAUUACGACGUGCAAUACUUUAUGUUCCAGGUAAUGAUCAACGUAAAAUUGAUAAAGCAAUAAAAUCAUUUGAAAAAAUUGAUUCAAUUGUUUUGGAUUGUGAAGAUGGUGUUGCUGUAAAAAGUAAAGAUGAUGCAAGAAAAACAAUAUUAAAUAUAUUAAAUCAAUAUGGAUCAAAUGAAUUAUUAUGGAAAAAAUUAAGUGUUCGUAUUAAUUCAAUGGAUUCUGGUAUUGCCUAUGAAGAUUUAGAAAUAAUAUUUUCUGGUAAAAUCAUUCCACGUACAAUUCUAUUACCAAAAGUUGAUACCAAAACAAAUAUCGAUGAUUUUAUUGAAUAUUUUAAAAAAUCCAAAAUUAAUGAACGAUUAAAACAUCCAAUCGAUUUGAUUACAUAUGUUGAAUCAGCUAUCGGUCUGUUAGAUUUACGUGAUAUUGCUAAACAUACGAUCGAUAUGUGUAAAACAUUGAACAAUAUGCAUUUUGCCGGUAUCGUAUUUGGAUCGGAUGAUUUUUGUGCUAAUAUCGGUGCAACACGAUCCGAUGAAGGUAAAGAAGUACUAAUGGCAAGACAACAUGUGAUACUUGUUUGUAAAUCAUUAAAUUUACAAGCAAUCGAUUCUGUUUAUAUUAAUUUUCGUGAUCUUGAUGGAUUAAAACGACAAUCCGAAGAAGGUGUAUCAAUGGGUUUUACCGGUAAACAAUGUAUACAUCCAGAUCAAAUUCCAAUAAUACAAGAAACAUAUCGACCAUCAGAUAAAAAAAUUGAAUGGGCUAAAGGUUUAAUUAAAGAAUUUGAACAAGCCCAACAAGAUGGUCGUGGUGCAUUUGUUUAUCAUGGUCAAAUGAUUGAUAUGCCUUUAUUAAAACAAGCAUAUAAUGUUAUAAAUAUUGCCAAACAAAUUGGUAAAGUUUAAACAAAAAAAAAACAAAAUUUGUUGAAAAAGAAAAUUUUAUUAUUAUUAUUAUUAU